AUGGGAGCUUUCUUUGGUGUCAUCUUCAAAAGUAUUGAGAUUGGUCUUCUUAUCUCGGUGGCAAUAUGUUUUGCCAAAAUUCUCUGGCAAGUGACGAGGCCAAGGACCGCGGUACUUGGGAAGCUUCCCGGGACAACUGUUUAUCGGAAUGUCCUGCAAUAUCACAAAGCAGCUCAGAUUCCCCGCAUGCUCAUCCUCAGGGUUGCUUCUGCAAUCUAUUUCUCAAAUUCCAACUGCAUCAAGGACAGAGAAUAUUGA